ACGUGCUUUACGACUGUUUGGGAGGCUGAUUCAAAAUGGAGUAGAAUCGAGAGCUAGGAGCUCAACGGGAACGGGAUCGGCUCUAGCAGCUCUGUUUUUAUUUUUACAUCGUUUUUACUUUAGCGGAAUUUGAUUCAUUAGAAAUUAGAAACCGUAUCACAAUGUCAGAAGAAAAGAAGUCCGACUCUUUAGGUUUUUUCUCGAGCUACGACGAUUUGAGCGACAGCAGCGACUCAGACGAGGAGGGAGGCAGUCGGACGAAGAAACCGGGGACGAAAGCUCCGGAGAGCGCAGCCGAGUCCUCCCAACAAGGGACCAAGCGAGCGGCCGGUGGAGCUCCUUUACCCAGACCCGACGAGCUGUUCAGCUCCGUGUCCAAGCCUGCUUUCCUCUACAACCCACUCAAUAAGCAGAUAGACUGGGAGAGUCUGACGGUCAAAGCUCCGGAAGAGCCUGCCAGAGAGUUUAAGCCAUGGAAGACAAAUGCUGUGCCCCCUCCUGAGAGCUACGCUGUAGAGCCAGAGAAGAAGGGACCUCCUCCAGGUAUGGACAUGGCUAUAAAGUGGUCCAACGUGUAUGAGGACAAUGGGGAAGAUGCGCCGCAACCUUACACCGGCAAUGCCCGAUUCCUGCCUGCAGAGGAGCAACCGUCAGACUCAGAUGAGGAAUCAGAGAAAGCAGCCCUCUCUGCCAAGAAACGAAGAGUAGAGACCUUCCAGCAGAAGGAGAAGAGGAAGAGGGACUUGGGACAGGCCACCUCUGACAAGAACUUCGUUGAAGAAGAGAAAAGGAUCCUCAGGCAAAAGAUCGAAUGAGACCUAAGCUCCCCGCAACAAGGCAUCACUUUCUAAUUUAAAUGUUUUAUUCCAGCAAAGAACAUUCACCAACAUUAGCACAGUAGUUAAGUAGGUGGUGACCAUUUUACCUAUAUAUUGUCAUAAUGUAAUUUGCAAAAUUAUAGUAAUUAUGUUUUCGACUGAGUGUCCACACACUUAAACGAAAAGCUUUACAUCAGUGGGAUAUCAGGUGAAGAGUAUGUGACAGUGGCAAAUCCCUGUGGACUAUGUCCCCAAGUUACAGGGAAAUUCAGGUGUUUUACAGUGAGUUAUAUUUUCAUGGUUUUGGCCAUCAUCCCUGUUUCAUUUUUACUCACUGGCUCUCUUCCACGGACAAUGAGAUGAGAGAUAUCACUAGAUACAGCUUCAUACUCUGCACAGAGCACUGGGCAUUACUGAACAAGUGAUCAGAUCAGAUUUGGUCCCAGUUUGCCAUCACCUUCGCUUUGCUUUACUUUAGCACGUGUAGUUUAAACAAAUGGUUGAAAUGGGACUUCUGAUUGCUAUUUUCACAGAAUCCCUGGAUCUUUGCUAAGAUAUGGAUUUCCAUAACCAAUUAAAAAGAAGGCCAAAACUAAAAAAAAAAAAGUAAAUCAGUGGGUUCUU